GUACCGCGGCUCCAGCUUCCCUCGCAGAAAAUCCUCAGCUCCCACACAAGCCUCCAACCCUCAUCAAGGCCAAACAAUCGCAGUCAUGGCCAAGCCCUCUAAUGCGGCUGCAUCUCGCAGCCAAAAACCCACUCCUCCCCCAUCUGCGGCGAAAAACACAUAUCUCCUCGCAUACAACGCCCUCAGCGCCGCACUCUGGGCCGGCGUGCUGUACAAAACCAUCACCGUUGGAAGUCAAGAAAUCAGCAAGGCCGGAACAGGUGGGUGGAAUAAAGCCGGCGAAGGACCACUAGGUGCCGUCCAGAAGGGGUUGGCAAGCGGGAAAGUGUAUGAUGAAUUAGAAGUGUAUACACGCAUGGUGCAGAGUCUGGCUGGUUUGGAGGUUUUACAUAGUUUGUUCGGCAUCGUCCGCGCUCCCCUCCUCACCACGCUCAUGCAGGUCUCCUCCCGCUUCCUCCUCGUCCACGUCAUCGCCUCGCCCUACGCCUUCCCCUCCACCUCCCGCCCCAGCCCCGCAUACACCACCAUGCUCCUCGCCUGGAGCAUCACCGAAGUCAUCCGCUACAGUUAUUUCGUCUUCAACCUGUCUGGCGUCGGCGUGCCCAAGCUGUGGACGUGGCUGCGCUACAACACGUUUCUGGUGCUGUAUCCGCUGGGCGUGGCGAGCGAGUGCUGGUUGGUGUACAAGGCGAUUGAGCCGGCGAGUAGAAUCAACGAGGUGUAUGGAUAUGUGCUGUAUGCGAUCUUGGCAGUGUAUGUGCCCGGGAUUUAUGUCCUGUUUACGCACAUGUUGAAGCAGAGGGCGCGAUUGAUGAGGGAGGCUAGGAGGAGUUUGUAGGAAGGGGAAGAUGGAGAUGAGAUGGCAUGGCGGAAGCACUUGAACUGGAACACAAGGUUCAGUGUCCCCCAAGUCGGUCGAAUCGCCCAAUGUUUGUCGGACUGUAGAGUCGUGAACGCCAAAACAGUAUCC